UUGAUGUUUUUGUUCAUGCGUUGGUUCAUUCCUACAAUGCAUUCAUCGUUCUAUGAAUGACAGACAGAAGAAUCGUUUAUGAAUGCAUUCAUUGAUUCACAAAGAUUGUUUACAAAACAUUCAUCUGGAUCGUUCAUAAGUUGGUUUUGUUUUUCUCGGCUUUGUUCACUGCUAUUUGGAUUAAUUUUGCGAUUUCAAGGUGCUAUUUGAUACCAGUGUGAUAUCACAGGUAAGUACUAUUCAGGAUGAAACUGAGCUAAACUGAUACUUUUUUGCAUUUUUUGAAUGAAACGACGAUGCACACAGAAAUACACCAUGCUGCAGGUCAUUCAGCAGGAGGGUGGCAAGUUCUGCUGCAAGGCUGAGGAAUCAUGCGGAUACAAGCAGGACACACUGAUGCCCGGUAAUUUCAAACGGCACUUAUUCAAACAACAUGCUACAGUAUAUGCUGCGCUGAAUUUGCCGAUGCCGUCAGCCGAAAGUGGAUCAGAGCCGGUCAAGAAAAAAACAAAGAAGCUUCAAGUGGACUCCUCAAAGGAUGUUAUUCUUCUCGGCACAUUACAACUUGCCACCGUAAACCACCUGCCAUACUCGUUCCCGGAAAUGAGUGGUUUCAAAACGCUUCUGGAUCCGUUGUAUAAAGCUGCAGGUAUUACGAUGAAUCGUAGAAUUGUGGCAGGAAUGGUGGAUGAUUCCGCUAUUAAAGCUCGGCAGCUCAUUGCAAAGGAAUUGCAGCAACAACCACUGCUAACGAUUGAAGUCGAUGGAGCUUCCAGAGGGAGUCGUCACUUUCUUGGCAUCAAUGCUCGAAUCAUUGUUGAUGGUGAAGUUAUCGUCCGCAAUCUGGCAAUUAAAGAAACACAAGAACGGCAAACAAAAGAACAUCUCAAAAAGUUGAUUGAGGACGUUCUGAGCGACUUCGGCGUUAAACUCCAACAAGUCUACUCGGUCACUCAUGACAAUGGAGCUAACAUGGUAGCCUCAGUCGGGGAAAUCAAAAAGAUAUUCGAGUCUGCUCACAUCAAAGUCUAUGAUACGUAUCUCGAUAACGCCUCACAAAUAGACGAUGACACUUCUGACUCGGAGGACCAGCGCAUGGAUGAAAGCAUAGAUGAAGAUGAUAACUCCGACGAUGAGAACGACGAUUUCGUAAAUGGGAAAGAUGGUGACAACGUUAUUUCUGAGGCAAUUCCCGUGGCAGAUGACUCUUUCGACGUUAAUAUGUCUGAUAUCUUAGGCAGCGUACGUUGCGCUGCUCAUACUGCUCAACUAGCUGUUUGGGAUGUGGUAAAACCAUACGAAAAACGCAUUUCGAAGAUUCAAAAACUCGUUGUAAAGAUGCGGCAACGAGAAUAUUAUAAAUUUACGAAACUUCACGAUGCUCAUUUACCACCGUUAAGCAACAAGACACGUUGGAACAGCACCUUUGUCAUGUUGAAUUCUCUGUUGACACAGAAGUCAUUUUUCACCAUGGUUAAGAAAUCGUAUCCAGAAGUUGAUUUUACUUCACACUGGAAGUUUAUCGAGAAGUUUUGUGAAGCAUUUGAAGCACCAUUUGUCCUUACUUUGCAGUUGCAAAAACAACAUGUCGAUCUGAGUGAGUUUUACGCAUGCUGGUUGAUAUGCCAGGCUAAGCUAACGAGAUUGGCAAAUAACUCUUUGGCCAAAAAACUUUUGAAAGCAUUUCAAAAGCGUUUGCAAAAACUCACUGAGAGCAUGCAGUUCAAGGCAUGUAUCUUCCUUGAUCCCCGCUUCAAUUUCCUGGGAUCCAAGAGAAUUUCUUCGAAUGAUAAAGAACAGAUCCAAGAAUUUCUCAUCAAACUCCAUGGCUGUGUAAAUGGAAAAGCCGACGAUUCCAGCGAUGUUUCAAACAACGACAUAAACGAAGAUGAUCUGGAGAUAAUCUUGGCAGGAUUUUUUAAUGAAGAUGCACAAGGAAACUCAUCGAUGACCAGCAAAUGUUCCAUUGCUCAGAAAAUUAAGCAGCUCGAAAUGAGGGAGAAGGUACCUAUUAUUGAAACUUCACGUCCAGGAUCAUCUAAGAGCAAUGAACCACCAGCUCAUUUUGAUCUGGUUAAAUACUGGGAAGCUCAAAAAUUCAUCAAUCCCGAGCUUUACAGAGUUGCGAUGAUCGUUCUGUCAAGUUCAGCUACACAGGUUUCAGUUGAACGUGGAUUUAGUGCACUGAAGCUUAUGCUAUCUGAUCGCAGGAUGAACCUAACAGCAGCAUCCGUCGAGAAUUCUCUCUUGCUAAAACUCAAUCCAGACCUUCUCCCUAAGAUUUCUCUGUUGAUGAGUGAGGAAGACGACUGAAACUGAUGUGAUUUAGGCUGCUUUGAUUAUGGUUCUGUUGAAUAUAAAUAAAUCUUUCGAACUGGCUGGAAUUAUUAUUAUUUUUUAAAAGGUUGCUCCCCUAGCAAAGUUGGAAGUUUUAUCAAGGUUUGAAAGCAUUCUACAAGUCAAAAUCAUGGUCUACAAAACCCUCAUAAAGGUAGGGAAAUAUUUGUU